AUGUCAAAUAAAACCUACAAUGAUCUUAUUUGUGAAACAUCAGAACUGAUAGGAGAGACCACUCAAACAGAUGAAGUAGUUUUUGUGACGGGAGCUGCUGAACGUUCUGUAUUUCAGCCUCUUUUAUCAGAGUUACGAAUACGAUAUACUGUGCUGCUUUGCAGAUUAGACACAAUUUACGAUCAAUUACUGCAGCCACAAAAGCGCAUAAUUGUACGACGUCUUCUGGAAGCUUGCCUGGGCCGAUUACUUGAGAUCAAGCAUGAUUUGGUGGAACUUUAUUUAUCUGACUACACUUAUGAUGACGACGAGGCUUUACAAAAAUUGCAAGUUACGCCACAAGAAGCAGAGCCCUGCAUACCGCAAUAUUUUAUUCGAGAACGAGAACAAGAACUGGAAGACCGUCGAAAAUUUAUAAUCGAUACAUUAACAAAGCUUGGACAUGAAACUUCUAAGCCCCCAUCUUUAAUACUGACAGAACAACAAGCAAUACUCAUCAUUCAAAGCCAUGAAAGAGCUCGUCAAGGAAGAUUAAGAGGCCAGUUUAUGAAGGAAAUACGCUUGUUGAAAGAGAAAGGUAGGGAUCAGAAAGGUGAAAUGUCAGCUACAGCAGCUACUGCUAUACAACGUGUUUGGCGGGGUUUUAUUACGAGGAGAAUGACUAAAAGAAGAAAGCGUGAGGAGCAGUUGCUCAUUGGGAUGGAAUUACCUCCAUAUACUGAAUCCCAAGCUAUAAAGAAGGCAGAAAAGGUGAAAGAAAGUCGUCGAACUCUACAAAAUAAGCUUGAAAUUGAAUAUCACGAAGCACUUGUCAGAAUAGAAAAACGAUUGCACUCUCAGCAUAAAGCAAAAAUUAGUGAAAGAAUUGGAGAUGAAUUAAGAAGGUGGAUUUUGGAAUACUACGAAAGAACAAAUAGACUCCCGGAAUUUCCUUCAGAAGAAGCUGGUGGAAGUAGAACUAUGUUUAGUAGACAAGGUACAGGCGUAGAAAGCGAGCUUAGCAAAUCUUCUCCUGUGUCAUCAAAAGAAUCUAAGAAAAGCAAAGAAAGUAAAGACAAAAAGAGCAGCAAAGCUGAAGAUAACAAAAUUAAGGAUGAAAUGGAAGAUUUACAAAAUUAUAAAUGUACAAGUUCAGCAUUUUUACAGGAUAUCAUCAGUGCCAACGAAGAAUUUGAAGAUAUAUGGAAAUAUAAAGACGAUGAUUAUGAACACCAUGAAAAAUAUUAUAAAGAUAUAAUUGAAAGCGAUAAAAUGGUAAAGAUAGAACAAGAGAUAAGAAAUAAUGUCGAUGAAAUGAUGAGGAGUGAACUUGAGUUAUUACAGGCAGCUUAUGAUCGAGAUAGGUCACAUAAGGGAAAGAAAGCGAAGAAACCUCAAAAAAAGGUAAAACGUGGGGGAAAAAAAAGUAAGAAGAAAAAAGAAAAAGAUUUAACUCCCGACAGAACAACCGAGUCACUAUUUGAAGAACUAGUAGCAAAUGGUAUAAUACGCCCAUAUCCAAUAGUGAAGAUUGACGACUACAUAGGUGAAAAAAACUUUGUGGGAUCAGAGUUAAGAAGCCAAGGUCGAGAGCCCACACCUUGUUUGGGUGAUAUACGUCAGCUUAUAAAGGAGUAUUGUAUACUACCACUUGGAUCAGAACAUGUCAGAACCAAUGCACCUCAGAUAAGAUCUGUACUGAUAACAGGACCUUCUGGUAGCGGUAAGAAAAUGCUCAUUCAUGCUAUUUGUAGUGAAGUUGGGGCAAUGCUUUUUGAUUUAACACCAGCGAAUAUUGUUGGCAAGUACCCUGGCAAGUCGGGUCUCAUAAUGUUAAUACAUUUAGUAAUGAAGGUAUCGAGACUUCUCCAGCCGAGCGUCAUUUGGAUGGAUGACGCUGAAAAACCAUUUGUGAAAAAAAUACCUAAAACCGAUAAAACCGAUCCAAAGAGGUUAAAGAAAGAUUUAGUGAAAAUUAUUAAAGGAAUAUGUCCAGAAGAUCGAGUUUUAUUUAUAGGAACGUCGCGAAUUCCUUGGGAAGCCGAACAGAAACUGCUCUUCCAAUGUUAUUCUAAAGUUAUUCAAAUUCCAAGAGCUGAUUACGGAAGUAUUUCACUUAUGUGGAGAACAAAACUUCAUAAAGCUGGUGCUCUGUCUCAGAGGUUGGAUGUUUCUUGUUUAUCAAGGGUUUCGGAUUCGUAUACAAUAGGUUCUUUGCUAUCAGUGUUGGACGAUGUUCUUACUACCAAGAGACGCCUGCAGCUGAGAAUUCGCGCUCUCACGGCGCAAGAAAUUGCGGUUCAGCUUAGUUUUCGAGAUCCAGUGUAUGCAGAACAUGACGUUGCUGCUGAAAUGUGGUGGUCCAAAACACCUUUAGAAAGACGUCGCCAAAAAGUACUCCAACGGCUUGAAGAGCUACAACAGGAGAAUGAAGAAAAAGCUCUCAAAUAA